AUGCAACUAGAGCAUCGCUCCACCUUAACACCUUCUGUUACUGCUUGUUUCUCUGCCACACCUUCCAUGUGGUUUCCUGCUGUGGUUGUAGAUCUUCCGCUCAACCCGCGCUUUGACCCUUCAAACCUGGCGUUGGGGUUUGUGUUGGACGAGGAAUCCUUCUCAUCGCAGGGCUUCAACGCCGCCUUCCACUACGCCAGUGCGGGCUUCGACCCCGCGCAGGACAACUGCCCCGCGUGGACUGUCAUGUCCUACAGCACCUGGGUCCUGCCUGAAUCCACCUGGCCUGUCAAGAACCAACGGGGCUGUGGUGACUGCUGGGCGUACGCAGUGGUGGCAGCGGUGGAGGCAGCCCACAGGAUUGCGAGCAACUGGGCGCAGCCCCUCGUGCUGUCGGUGGAGCAUCUGCGCCUCGCCCUCUCCUCCAACUGCGACGGUGGCUCGCCCACCAAGGCGCUGCAGUUCCUCCUCAACGCCACCGCCCACGACAAGGGCUUGCUGGAGGACGCACUCUACUCGCAAGGGCUGGCUCUUAAAGGAAGAUGGUUGGCGAGCACCCCCAAGUACUAUGGCAUCCGAGGCAUCGAGCGCACGGGGUUCUACGGGUGGUUUGGGCUCAUGCUGGCAGUGCAGCGCCAGCCUGUCAUUGUGCACAUCGAGGCGUCCGCACCCUCCUUCCAAGACUACGAUGGGAGUGGCAAGUACGCGGACGAGGAGUGUUUCAGCAACCACCUGAACCACGUGGUGCUAGUGGUGGGCUACCUCUCCGCGGGCUCCGACCCCUCCAACUCCGCCGUGCCGCCGCCCUUCUGGAUCAUCCGCAACUCAUGGGGCACAGCCUGGGGCGACCAGGGCCACAUGCGCAUGGACAUUCGCAGUGGAGAUGCCAUCUGCGGCAUCAACACUCUCCCGGGCCUCUUCCCUGUCGUCAGAACAUGUCCCCCCCUGCACAUCCCAAUGCCUACUGUCUCAUGCAUGUACCCAUGCUUGCCUUACUCCUCUCCCCUCGCCCCAGUGGACGUGUGUGGGUCCAGCAGUCGCAACCCGUGUGUGGUGGGCACGUGUGUGAACGAUGGCAAGGGCAGCUACUCCUGUGUGUGUCCCCCGGGGUUCAUCCAGGGCACCACCCUCGCCAACACCGCCUCCUGUGCUCCAGGUAACACCCCCCUGCUGCUCUCCUCCUGUGCUCCAGGUAACACCCCCCUGCUGCUCUCCUCCUGUGCUCCGGGUAACACCCACCUGCUGCUCUCCUCCUGUGCUCCGGGGGAUGCAGGGGGGGUGUACACGGUGCGGCAGAGCAACGUGUGGUGCUCCCAUGUGCAUCCCAUAUUCGCCCUCACACUGGACCAGUUCCUGCAGCAGAACAAGGGUGACACGUGUGCAGGGGUGGGGCGGCAGGUGGAGCUGUGUGGGGCGGCAGCGUCGGAUGCGGAGUGUGAGGCGGCAUUUCAGGCGCUCAACCCCGCUGUGGACUGCUCCUCCCUGAAGCCCUCCCAGGCCGUGUGCAUCGAGAGGGACCCCGGGGUGGCGAAUGUGACACUGGUGUGCGACCAGUACUACCGGGCGCGCCUCAACGACACGUGCGACAGCAUCAGGCAGCUGGCGGAGCCUCCUCUCAGCCCCGUGGACUUCUACCGCCUCAACCCCGGCGUCAACUGCAACCAGCUCAUCCCCCUCAAGAACCACUCCCGCUCCGCCACCACCUUUGGUGCUGAGUGUGUGUGUGCAGUGUGUGUGUGCAGUGUUGUGCAUGCAGUGGGAUGCAUGCAUUAG